GAUUCGACGUUCUCUCGUUCGUAUACAAAAGAAGACUAACUCGAUAAGCGUUAAAGUUAAUCCGAAGCUCGAAUAUGUUUAUAUUACACGAGGCCAAUAAUCCCGAAAUCAACAUUUUUUAUUAUUGAAAUUUUUAAUUAUAAUUAUUUUAAGUAUUUCGUACGUUAUCAUUUUUAUAACGUUAAACAAAUAAACUAUUGUUUAAAUAUUAAAUGCAAAAAGAAUAAUUAAUGACUACGUCCGUUUACAUCGACGCAAUAAAUAACGAACUAACUGAAUCAGAUUAUUAGAUACUAUAGUUUGACGCUAGUGUAUAGUGAUAUGUAGGGUGAUGAUACAUGAGAGAAGUGAACUAACCUUAACAUAAACUGACAUAACCUUAACAUUUAGUUGUGUCUUACGGUGUACGAAGGCUACGAAGGGGAAAUAAUUUUUAAAUAUAAAUUUAUAUUUUUGUAUGUAACAAAUUUUACUCUUAUCAAAAUGAGGUAUGCGCAACUUGUUAUGGGACCUGCCGGGAGUGGAAAGUCUACGUAUUGUUCUACCAUACAACAGCAUGCAGCGGAUGACAGAAAAUUGGUAGAAAUAGUAAAUUUAGAUCCUGCAGCAGAAUAUUUUGAAUAUGAACCUCUUAUUGACAUAAGAGAAUUGAUUCAAUUAGAUGAUGCCAUGGAGGAUGAUGAAUUAAAAUUUGGACCCAACGGUGGUCUUGUAUUUUGUAUGGAAUAUUUAGUAGAAAAUUCAACUUGGUUAGAAGAAAAAUUAGGCGACGCAGACGAUGAUUAUAUUAUUUUUGAUUGUCCUGGUCAAAUUGAGCUUUAUACGCAUAUGACGGUUAUGCGUCAGUUAAUAACAAUGUUACAAAACAUGAAUUUUCGUAUAUGUGGAAUAUUUAUAGUGGACAGUCAAUUUAUGGUCGAUGGGUCAAAGUUUUUAUCAGGUACUAUGGCAGCUUUAAGCGUUAUGAUAAAUCUAGAAAUACCACAUGUUAAUAUAUUAAGUAAAAUGGACUUGUUGUCAAAGAGUGCAAAAAAACAAUUAGAUAAAUACUUAGAACCUGAUCCGCAUAGUUUAUUAUCUAAUAUGCAAAAUGAUCCAUGGAAUGAAAAAUAUCGUAAUCUCACAGAAGCUGUAGGUAGACUCAUUGAAGAUUAUAGUUUAGUUCGUUUUUAUCCUCUGAAUAUUAAAGAUGAAGAAAGUAUUGCUGAUAUAAAAUUAACAAUUGAUAAUAUUAUUCAAUAUGGAGAAGAUGCAGAUGUUAAAAUUAGGGAUUUUGAUGAACCUUGUAACGACGACGACGAUGCAAAUGACACAAAUUAUGGUUGAAAAAAUCCUGCAUGAUGUAUAUUUUAAUAAACUGUUUUCUUAACGUU